AUGCUUUCUUUGCACUCCUCAGACUCGUCUCUUAACCAAUACUGCUCCCAGCUCAAGCUUCAUCAUAAACGAGCCCUUGUUGAAUCAACCCUUCUCUCUCUUCUGUGUACUUUGCCACUUGAUCAUUUCUUUUCUGAAGACCCUAUUGCCCUUUCUUUUAUCACCACCUUUCGCAGUGCAGACCUGGCAUCGAGCUAUGCUCAUACCAUUCAUACUCCCAAAGAAGAAGCAACGAAACGCUCCAUUAUCUAUCAUAUGACCAAGAUCAAAUAUCUUGCCACCGACCAACUCCUUGACCGCGGGUUUGAGCAAGCACUCACCCCAGAUAUGAUUGCUGAAAUCGUUGAGUCAAGCCACUCCUCUUCUAUCGAUCCAUUCUGUUCUUCCACCCAAGAAAUCCCUAGAUCUCCCUCUGAAUCAUCUGAUGAUAGUACCCCUGUUCCUAUCCCCACUCCAUCUCAACUCGCAAUGUGGUCCCUCGGUAACCCACGCCAUGCUAGAGGAAAGAAAAGAGCAACCGUUGCUUUUGGAGUAGGCAUAUCACGCCCUAUCACACCUUCUCCAGCCCCCAUUCCCACUAUUAUUUCUGACGAAGACAAACCUGUCAUUUCCUCAUCCAAUUCGUGUGCUCCUUCCGAAGAAACUUUCAGAGAUCGGAAUGGUGUAGACUAUUCCACCAUGAUGUGCUGGUACUGCGGACAAGAAGGCCAUCUCACCACACAUUGUCAAACUCUUAAAGGACAUUGUAUUAUCCAAGCUAGACCAGGUACUUGGGCCUUCCAUCAUCAGCUCAAAAUCUACAAAGACAAGAAGGAUCUUGAGCAAGAAGAGUAUGAGAAGCAGUAUGUCCACGACACCAGCUAUGACCCAAAGGUAUACUAUAACUUAGAAGUAUGA